AUGGCGACCUGGGAACAGAAAGAUGGCCCUCUCAGUGAGACGAUGCAGACGAAGGAGGAGUUUUCAGAUCAGACCGGCGAGAUACAGUAUGAGAGCGAUCCAAACACCAGCUUGCACCGUGGACUGAAAUCCCGGCACAUUACUAUGAUUGCUAUUGGUGGUGCAAUUGGAACUGGUUUGAUUAUUGGUACUGGUGCUGCUUUGGCAAAAGCUGGUCCUGGGUCCGUUUUUAUUUCUUAUCUCAUUGUCGGUUUCGUCGUCUGGAUUGUUAUGAGCGCGCUUGGUGAGAUGGCCGCAUGGCUACCCCUUGCCAGUGGAUUUACCGGAUAUGCCGUUAGAUUUUGCGACCCUGCUCUUGGUUUUGCCCUGGGUUACAGCUAUUACUGCAAGUAUAUUAUCAUCACACCGAAUCAGUUAACUGCUGCUGCACUGGUCAUACAGUACUGGGUUAAGCGAGAUAAAGUGAAUCCAGGAGUAUGGAUCACCGUUUUCCUGAUCGUUAUUGUCGCGAUCAACUACUUCGGCAUCAAAUUCUUCGGCGAGUUCGAGUUCUGGCUCUCCUCGUUCAAGGUCAUCAUUAUCCUUGGAAUUAUGCUCCUGACUCUCAUUCUUGCCCUCGGAGGCGGUCCCGAUCAUGACAGGAAAGGGUUCAGAUACUGGAAGGAUCCAGGAGCGUUUAACACAUACCUUACCCACGGCUCAUCCGGCCGAUUCCUUGCUUUCUGGUCAACUAUGGUUCAAGCUACCUUCGCUUAUCUCGGAACUGAGCUGGUUGGUGUAACUGUCGGUGAAGCUCAGAACCCUCGAAAGACGAUUCCCCGUGCUAUCAAGCUUACCUUCUACCGAAUUCUCUUCUUCUACUGUCUUAGCAUUCUCUUCCUCGGAAUGGUCGUGCCAUACAACCACCCAGACCUCCUCUUUGCAAACAAGUCUUCCAACAGCGCCAGUGCAUCUCCAUUCGUCGUGGCUAUCCAGAUCGCCGGAAUCAAGGUUCUUCCAUCCAUCUUCAACGCUUGUAUCCUUAUUUUCGUCUUCUCUGCCGCCAACUCCGAUCUCUACAUUGCAACCCGAACCAUCUAUGGUCUGGCUCGUGAAGGCAAAGCUCCCGCUAUACUUGCCAGAACCAACCGCAGCGGUGUCCCUAUCUACGCCCUUGCACUUUCCACCAUGUUUGCCUUGCUCGCAUACCUGAACGUCUCGGACGAUUCCAAGGUUGUGUUCGGCUACUUUGUGAACAUGGUUACCAUGUUCGGUCUUCUCUCCUGGAUCUCCAUCCUGGUAAUGCACAUCUACUUUGUGCGCGCUCGCAACGCCCAGAACGUUCCAGAGACAUCCCUUGCCUUCAAGGCACCAUUGGGCGUUCCUGGCUCUUAUGGUGCUCUCGCCUUCUGUAUCCUCAUUGGCCUCACCAAGAGUUUCAACGUCUUUGUCCACAGCCCUAAAACUUAUGGUAACCUCGACUAUAAAAACUUCAUCACCUCUUAUCUCGGUAUCCCCAUCUAUCUUAUCCUUCUCUUCGGAUACAAGUUCUACACCAAGACUUCUGGCGUCAAGGCUGCAGAGGCCGAUCUCUGGAGUGGAAAGGAUGAGAUCGAUCGUGAGGAGGCUGAGUUCCUGGCCCAGGAAGCUGUCAGGAGAGAGAAGCAGGGUGAUUCCGGCUGGUUCUACAGGACAUUCGUAUCCUGGCUAUUCUAG